CAUCACCACCACCACCACCACCAUGUCCGGAGCCCUUCGGAACCUCGCCGCAAGGCAAUACCAACGCGCCCUCGCCGAUUGGCCUCGCGACGCCCUCCGUCCCGAAUGCCAGCUCCAGGACGUCCUCUCCAAGCGCCUGCAGAAGAACAACGGCAGCCUUUUGCCCAACACGCCGGCCUUCAACAAGUUGACCAAGGAGGCCAGGGAGGAGGCCGAGAUCAAGCAGGCUAAUGCGCUGAUUAGCUUGUUGGAGAAUAGGUAUAAGAACAAGUACCGCAUCACCGGCGAGCUCCUCCGCCCUAAGAGCAACCCCAAGUACUAUACCGAUCUGGUCAAGGAGCUCGAGGAGGCGCCGAACAGGACCUUCUUUGGCAGGAUAGCCAAGAGGCUGGGAGGUAUCGUUCGCUUCCAGUCGUAAGGCAGAGGAGAGAGAGGGAAGAGAGUGUAGGAUUCUUCUGUACAAAUACCGAAUUGCAUGUGUGGUUCAUGGGCAGGCGUCUGGAGUCUGGGUAUAUCAAAAAUGGCCUGGUACAUAUGAUGGGCUGGAGCAUAGGCCCCUUGCGACAGGUCGCAAUAGCAUUUACCGGAAACGAAAAGGUUUC